AGGGAAUUCAAAACAAGAGGGCGGGACUACCACUACGCGAACUACUUUCUCAUCCCCUCCGAAAUUCUUCUCCUAAUUUGUAGUUUCAGAGCGAUAAAACCCAAAAAUUAUCAGUGCAAAUGGCGAAGCGUAGAGCUAAAAAAGCUGUUAAAGAAGUUCCAGCACCAGUUGAGUGCGGAGUAGAGGUAAACGACAAGGAGGGCCAAAAUAAGGAGAAAAGAUUCGGAUUAAUGGAUCAGGAAGUUGAGCAGCAGUGUGCUGCAAUUAGGGCUGUCCGGGAUGUAGAGAUUGACCAUUUGCUGACUGCUUUGCGUUUAUUACGUUCAUACUUUAGUGAAGAGCAGCUUCAGACGCCUGCAUUGCAAUUUUUUAAUGAGAACCUCCCAAAUCUACCAGUUGUAAGAAAUGCAGAAAAUGGACAGUUCGAAGUGCAGUGGAAACACGAGGAUGGUAACCUCUCCAUUCAUGAUGCCGAUGGAGGAGAUAUCCAUGCUUGUCUUUUGCAUCGCAUGUCCUUAGUUUAUGCUAACCACCCUUCUAUUCCGUCUUACGGUGGCUUUGAGUUGUCAACUGAAGCAGCAAGAAUGAGCCUUCUAAGAGCUGACAGUCAGCAGAACAAGGACUUCAUUUUGGAGGGGACAUCUGAGAGUCAGAUGUUUGGAAUGCAUGAGGCUCUUCAAACUCCUGGGGUGACCAGCCAAAGGUUAUCAGUUGGAAUGACACCCAAAACAAAGAGGUUGCCGAAGCCUGGAGAGAUUCUUCUUUCAGUCCAUGGCUCACCCCUUGGCGUCUACAAAGAGGAUAAUAUGGAAGCCAUAUAUGAGUCUGAUGAGGGUUGAUUGGCUUCAAAUCUAUGCAACAUUAGCAAUAAACUUCAAAGGCCCUUGAAUCAUCCUACUGGUUGUUAUUAUAAUACACUGUUAUAUUUUGAAUAUGACUGCUCCCGAAGUUUGCUUAGGAUCUAUUUUGUUACUUUUUCUUGAAUUUGAUCUUGUCUCUGUUACCCGAGCUCAAGUUAUCUACAAUUUCAGUUU